AGUAGACUAUGUAAAUAGUAUCAAAAUUCAAAAUGUAUUAACUAAAAAAAGCUAGAGGAAGUACUACACACAUAUAUUAUGAGUUUUAAGCUGUUAGAUUCUACACAUUUUUUUUUUUUUUUGAUACUUAUUAAACUUAAUUUAUUUUUAUUUAACUCAAAAUAUAAUUUCAAAAAUAAUUUACAAUGCUAAUUAUAUCUAUGAGUGUAACUUAUAAUUUGUACAAUAAUCUAUUCAAAAAGUAACUUUUGUAAGCAAUGAGGUUAUCAUCCCAACUACCCAGCAAAUUAACUACCCUCUCAAAGUAACUAACCCAGAAAAAUUAACCUUAUUAUGAGGAUUAGCAAUUAACACCAGCGGUUUCAAAAAAAAAAAAAAAAAUUAAUAUCAGCAGGUAAACUACUACUAGUACUACUGUCUACUGACAAACUCACAGUCGUAUGAUUAUCAGAGCUGUCAUACUUGCAGUUUCUCAACGGUCGUCGUCAGCAGAAGGCCGUAAAAAUGGCGGAUCCCCACGUUAUUGCUUCGCUAUCAAAUUCCCUGAUUCCUUCAUUACUCAAGUCUCCAAUUUCUUCUGCACAUUAUUUAUGAAUUAACAAAUUAUGUGAAAUAAAAAUAAUAAAAAGCAGCAUAUCCUGAUAAAUCUCACUCUGUCUCACUCUCUUUCUCUCUCCUCCCCUCACUCCAUGUUCAACCCCUUUUCCCAUCCCAACCCCACUACAACACAUACACCCAAAAUCCCACAAAGCUAUGCUUUCUCUCUCCUCAAUUCUCCUAUUCUUCUCCUCCAUUUCAAUCACUGCUUAUGGGUUCGGAUCCAUGGGUCCCAUCUCGGCCGCCUUCGGCCGCGACGACUCAUUCUUCUGCGCCAUUGAUGCCAGCGGUAAACAAGCCGUAAUUUGCUGGGGUAUGUCGCCGGAAAUGACAUCAGAGAAUUUCACCACUAUCCCUCCUAUGGCUGCUCUCUCCGGCGGCGAGGGGUUUAUGUGCGGCAUUUUAGCAAACACCUCGCAGGCAUACUGCUGGGAUUCUUAUGGUACAGGUAAUGAUCUUGUACCGCCUUUUUAUAGAUACAAUAAUUAUUCUUUCAUUGCUGCUGGGAAGAAUCAUGUUUGUGCAAUUAAGGGGAAUUACUACUCGGGUACUAGUAAUUCUGGUUCCGUUGAUUGUUGGGAAGUUGUACAUGGAUCAAAUUCAAGCACCUUAACAUCGAAACAGAGUACUCUGUUUUAUGAUCAGAGUAUUGAUAGUCUUUUGUUUGUUAAGAUUGUUUCUGGGGAUGGUUUUAGUUGUGGUGUUGUUAAAGAUGAUGAGGAGCUUUUUUGUUGGGGACCAAGUUCAACCAAUAUACGAGUUUCCAAGAUUUCUGAAAAUUUUCUGGGAUUAUCUUCAAGUAGAAGUAGUGUAUGUGGGAUUGUAAAACCUUCAGGAGAAGUCAAGUGUUGGGGAAAAGAUGAUUCAAACUCUGAUCCCCCAUCUGGGGUUCGAUUCGUCGCAUUGACGGGUGGUUCUCGUCAUUUUUGUGGGAUUCGAGCGGAUACUCAUGGGGUUGAUUGUUGGGGAGGAUUCAACGCUUCAUCAAUACCAAAGCGUUCGGGUUUCUUCGCGAUUGCUACAUCGGAUAUUGCAGCUUGUGGUAUAAGAGAAGAAGAUUUGGUGUUAGAUUGUUGGUUUAUAAAUGAGAGCACUGCACCUCCGGAGUAUAAUCCGCCUUUGCAGCUUUGUAGUCCUGGAUUAUGUAGUCCGAGGUCUUGUGAUGUAGGAGAGUUUGCGUUCAAUGCGAGUGCUUUAAAUGAGCCAGAGUUGACUAAUGUAUGUAUACGAAAAGAUUUGCAUAUAUGUUCUUCUUGUGGAACUAAUUGCUCGUCUGGAUAUUUUCUGUCUAGUCCGUGCACGGAUAAUGCAGAUAGAGAAUGUACUGCUUGUUCUCUAUGCCAAAAUAGUUCGUGUUGGGGCGUAUGUGGGCUUGCAGAAGUCGAGUUGAAGAAGAGGCAUCAACGUCAAAUGCAAAAGAUUGUCCUCAUUUUGGGACCUUCUAUUGCCGGUUUUCUAUUAAUAUUGAUUGGUUGGUGUCUUUUCCCAUAUUUGUACUUCUUCAAAGCAAAAGAUGGACCUACAAAGCAAUUUAGAUCAUGUAUUGGUAAAAAGGAUCCGGAGUGUGAUGCUAAUGGUGAUCCUAAUCCUCCGAUACCAAUUGCACAUUGUCCCGAAGAAGCACAGAUUUUCCGGCUCUCAGAGCUCAAAGAUGCUACUAAUGGGUUCAAGGAAUUCAAUGAGUUGGGAAGAGGAAGCUACGGUUUUGUGUACAAAGCGUUACUCCCAGAUGGGCGACAAGUAGCAGUUAAAAGAGCGAAUGCAGCUACUAUAAUUCACACAAAUAUCCGAGAAUUUGAAAAUGAGUUGGAGAUCCUUUGCAAACUGAGACAUUGCAACAUUGUAAACUUGUUGGGUUAUUGUACGGAAAUGGGGGAGAGGCUGCUUGUUUACGAAUACAUGACCCAUGGAACGUUGCAUGAUCAUCUACAUAACGGUCUCUCCCCUCUCAGUUGGACUUUCCGGUUGAGGAUUGCUAUGCAAGCUGCAAAGGGACUCGAGUACCUUCACAUGGAAGCUAAUCCUCCAGUAGUUCAUCGCGAUGUCAAGACAUCCAAUAUUCUGUUAGAUACAGAUUGGGGAGCCCGGAUUUCUGAUUUUGGAUGUUUAAAUUUUAAUGAAAAGGAUCUCGGUGAAGAUAUGAAAAACGAUGUCUUCAACUUUGGAGUUGUUCUGCUAGAGAUUCUUAGUGGAAGGAAAGCAUAUGAUGUGGACUACUCUCCUCCGAACAUUGUUGAGUGGGCAGUUCCUCUCAUAAGGAGGGGGAAGGCGGCUGCUCUUAUCGAUAGGUAUGUGGCUCUUCCAAGAAAUGUUGAACCAUUGCUAAAGCUAGCUGAUAUAGCAGAGUCUGCAGUCCGAGAAAAUUCAAGUGAUCGGCCUACAAUGUCAGCGAUAGCCAAUUCGCUGGAGCAGAUUGUAAAGGAAGGGUUAAUACUAUAGUAGCUGGUAAAAUCUGAUACAGCAAUACAGAAUGAUACCUGAAUGGGAAGAAAAUCACACGGAAGCUUUUGGUCAAGUAUAGCGCGAUUACAACUGUAUAUGUAUCCUGAGCCUCAUGUACAUUUUUUUAUUUGCCUUCUUACAUGUCUUUUCCACUUUUCUUGAUUCUUCUUCAAUUUAUACUACACGAAGUGAUGUAAAUUGAAAUUGUUGUUCCAUUUGGAAUUUACUGUUUUUCAUAGAAAAUUCACUCAAUAAUACCCUGUUGUGUAAAUCAUAGGGCUUCUAACC